AUGGGCAAACGGAAAUCUGCUCCCUUCAGUGGGCAACAAAAUGUUUCUACCUUUCAAACAGUACCUAAUUUUCCAACAUUUUUCAUUAUCAAAAGAUCCUCUGCUACUAAUGAUACAUUCCAUUCUGUCUCUCCCUUUCUUGUUGAAAGAGGUAUAACUGGCAAUAUUGGUGAAGUUAAAAGUAUUAAAAAACUUCGAUCUGGCGAUUUGCUGGUCGAAGUACAAUCCCGUAAACAAUCUGUACAAAUUAUGAAAUUAAAAUCCUUGGAAAAUAUACCAGUCAUUGUUUCUCCACAUUCUUCAUUGAACUCCUCCAGAGGUGUUAUUACUUGCGGGGAGCUGUUCAAUGUACCCAUAGAAGAAAUAACUAAAGAGUUGCAAGGACAAGGGGUUAGCCAUGUACGGCGUAUCUCUAUACGGAGGGAUGGCCAGCUCCUAAAUACCAAGCAUCUGAUUCUUACAUUUAAUUUUUCCAAAUUACCCGAGUACAUUAAGGCAGGGUACAUGCGUCUGUUGGUUCUACCAUAUAUUCCGAACCCACUUCGUUGUUAUAAGUGCCAACGGUUCGGACAUUCAAGAACUUCUUGCCGCGGGACUCUAACUUGCGCCCGCUGUGCGGAAACAGGUCACAAUAGUACGGAAUGCACAUCUACGGAAAAAUGCUUUAAUUGCAAAGGUGCACACAGUUCAUUUUCUCGAAACUGUCCAGCAUGGCAGUUAGAAAAGGAAAUAAUUAGUACAAAAAUUAAAAAACAGAUUUCUUAUUCUGAAGCUCGUAAAAUUGUUAAAUCUCAAACUCCUGUUUCUGGUUCUAGCUACUCUUCUGUGAUCAAAAAACAAUCUGCAACUGAUCUGACUCAAAACAAUGGAAACAACAUACUUACGGAUAAUACUCCCGAAUCCACUGUUGUAACGUCAUUGCCAGUUGCUCUAAAUAGUAAAAUUGUUUCUCAGCCAACUGGUCAUGAAUGUAAAACUUCUAAUGUCCCCUCCAGUGAAAUGCCACAGGACCUUCAUGAAUUUAAAACCGUUACAUACAAGAAAAAAUAUGAUAAAAUGGACGAAGCCAACUCUAUGCUUGAAACUAUGUCCACAGAUAAACCCAAUCAAAACACUGAUAGCGAAAUAGAAUCGGAUAAUGCAAGAGUAUAUAAUCCUCAUGAAACAAUUGAUGAAACACCACCUGCUCCGGAACAUUCUACCGAUUCCACCACAGUGGACAAACCUGUUUUUAGACUAAGUCUUCAAAAAAGUAUGGUUGAAUGGGUUGACCCAAAAAAAUUUUACAGUCAACCUUCAAAUACACCAAUUCACAAGAAAUACUUGAAGAGACAUCGAUUAAAAAGGUUACAAUGA